AUGCCGCUGUGUGUCAUCUGUUCCAAAAUUUUAUUCUUUCCAGUGUUGUUGUUUAGACGUAAAAUUGAACAAUGGGUGGAAGCAUAUGAGGAUUUCAUUGGCAUUAAGGCCGUCAAAGAGGCUCAAGCUGGAGUUAUGACGUGGGAAGAGAAGCUCAGUCUCGCCCAAGUGGCACGAAGGGAGAAGCAGGCAGAAAUCAAAAGUUUGCAGUCUCGACUUAAGGAAAUUCAUUCGGAACUCGAUCGAACAAGCAGAGGCGAAGACAGAUAUCUCCACCUGUUGACUGAAGAGCAUGCUGCUAUCAAAAAAGAACGAACAUUACUCGAAGAAUUUGAAGGCUUGGAAAACGCUGAGCGAGAGGCAUUUCAUCAGUUAUCGAACCGAGUUCGUGCUUCUCACGAACGGGAACGAGAGCAAACUGAGAAAACGAAAUGGUGGUCAGUGAGUGCUUCACUCAUAGGCGCGACAUUAGGGAUCAUUGGAGCCACAAUAAGUAAUGAAGUAAGAAUGCGGCGUUUACGAGAGAUGCUCCCCAUUGGUGGUGCCAAAAUGAGUGAAAUGUCUCGGCUUGUUGCAGAGCAAAAUGCUAAGGUAACGAGCUUCAUAACGGAAAUGCGUGACCUCUUGAGACUGGAUAGUAUCAAAAUUGAACCCUCGAAGGGUUCAUAUGAAAAUGUCAGUGAUGAGAAGGUGAUGACUCAAACGUCUGCCAUUCGCGAAGAAAAUGCUCGUCUUUCUGCUCAAAUGGCCGAACUAACGCGAUUGGCUCGUCUUGAAGCUAGCCUCAAUGCCGAUCCUAAUGCUGUGGUCUAUAUUGGAAGCGACAUGGAGCGGCUACUCGAUCAAACUGAAAAGAAGCUCGAGUCGAAAAUGAAACUGCAAACGCUGCUUUCGGUGGUGGCACUCUAUGCAGCUAUAGGAGUAGCAAUACCAUUGUUGUUUGCCGCGUUCAGAGGAGGUUAA